AUCCUACUUCCGGUCGAAGAUCUGUCAGUCUGUGCCUAGUCUUCAGCGAAAUAUUUUAGGAAUUUCUCACCAAAAGACAGCUAAGGAUGGCUGCCACAGAAGUGCAAAGGGAAGCCACCGUAACAAUUAAUUUGACACAGAUGCCAGCUCAGAACUUGAGGAAUCUCAACUUGACAGGUCAUGUUGGGUUCGACAGCCUGCCAGAUCAGCUGGUCAACAAGUCUGUGUCUCAAGGGUUUUGCUUCAACAUCCUCUGUGUUGGUGAGACAGGAAUUGGCAAGUCGACGAUGAUGGACACUUUGUUCAACACAAACUUUGAUUCCACCCCCAGUUCUCAUGAUCUGCCUGGAGUAAAACUCAAAGCCCAUACAUACGAUCUACAGGAGAGCAGUGUUCGACUCAAGUUGACCAUAGUCGACUCGGUUGCUUAUGGCGACCAGAUAAACAAGGAAGAAAGCUGGAAGUCCAUCGUUGACUACAUCGAUACCAAAUUUGAUGCAUACCUCCAGGAGGAACUCAAGAUCAAACGCAUGCUCCACAGUUACCAUGACAACCGCAUCCAUGCUUGUCUCUACUUCAUCGCUCCAACAGGUCACUCGCUUAAAGCACUAGAUCUGGUCACUAUGAAGAAGCUAGAUAGCAAGGUCAACAUCGUACCUGUUAUCGCCAAAGCUGAUACCAUUACCAAGACUGAGCUCCACAAGUUCAAGGCCAAGAUUAUGAGUGAGCUGAUGGCCAAUGGAGUGCAGAUCUACCAGUUCCCCACCGAUGAUGAGACAGUGGCUGAGACCAAUGCUUCUAUGAAUAGUCAUCUCCCCUUUGCUGUUGUGGGCAGCAAUGAUGAAGUGAAGAUCGGCAACAAGAUGGUAAAAGCAAGGCAGUACCCUUGGGGGACAGUGCAAGUUGAAAACGAAAACCACUGUGACUUUGUGAAGCUCCGUGAGAUGCUGAUCAGAACCAAUAUGGAGGACCUAAGGGAGAUGACUCACAAGCGUCAUUUUGAGCUGUACCGCAGACACAAGCUUGAAGACAUGGGAUUUUCAGACAGUGAUUCAAAGAGUCUGUCGGAGACGUACGAGUUGAAGCGCCAGCAGCACAUCAGUGACCUGCAGAAGAAGGAGGAGGAGAUGAGGCAGACGUUCGUCAUCCGCGUCAAGGAGAAGGAGGCUGAGCUGAAGGAGGCUGAGAAGGAGCUCCAUGCUCGGUUCGACUCACUAAAGAAGCAGCAUGCAGAUGAAAAGAAGAAACUAGAAGAUCGGAAGAAACAGUUAGACGAUGAGAUGAAUGUUCUCCAACAAAAGAAAGCUCAAUACCAAGCAAACCAAUCCACCAUGGGCAAGAAGAAGAAGUAAGGGAGAUAACUCUCAUCUCCACCAGGAGAGGGAGCUGUUGGGAAGGGUUCAAGUCAAGCAGACGGGCAGGUCUGAUAUUAAAGGUUGAAGAUCUGUAGAUCUCUACACUGAUGAUUCAACGAACACAAACAUUAUUUCCUGACCAGGAAGAUCUGUGUAUGAAUAUUUAAUUAGCAUAGACAGCUAAUUAAGAUAAUAAUUUUGCUGGUUUCUUUUAUUUCUUUUUAUUUUAUAUUAUCCUCCAAUCAAAUCUAUUUUUUAAUUACCUUUUUUCGAUUCAAUUUUCUUUAAACUCAGGAUUUUUUAUUUUUUUUGUGACUAAUAUAAUAUUUGAAUAAACACAUGCAACAUUCUGCAUUAACAGGUACAUUGACAUAAGAGUGUAGAGGCACUGCCCAAUUUUCGUUUUCGGUGCUACAGAAUGUGCAUGCUCAGUGUAUACGUGUUUGUUUGUCCCUUUCGUCUUCAGAUUGACAGAUCAUUCAAGACAACAUUGCACAGUACCAUAUCAGACAAUUUAUUGAACACUACAAUUCUGUCUAUGCAUACAUUCAAAUAUGCUUUGACUUGAAUUCCUGCUCAGUUUUUUUACGACCAAGUCAGGCCAUACAAACUACAUAGUCAUGUAUUUACUUAUUAAUGUUAGGUUUUGUAUGCAUGUUUGUAACACUUCCUUUGUUGGAGUUCCGUCAAUGAUUUGUAAUCACAUUUAUAUUCUUGCCACGGUUAAAUGGCUUGUAUCAAAGUGCAUUUUAAUCUUCCAAAGAACAUAGUGCUUCUUGUUCUCUUGACAUUGCCAUGUAACUUAUCAUGCAAACCCAGAGACUGCAUUUGCUGUUGUCUUGAACAGGUAUCAAAAACAGGCAUAAGGCAUACUGUGGAUUUGGUUGUAUUUUAAGCAGUAGUAUUAUUUUUGUAAGUUAUUUCUCACAUUACGUCCUAGGCAACAGAGUGAUCAUACAUGGCAACUUUUUAUGCGGCCAUCACUGUCACUGUAAAUUGUAUCUUUAUUACCAUGGUAACCAUAUGUCAUCGUCUCCUCAGGGCAUCAUUGUUGUCAUGGUUACAAUAAACAUCAUCAAACAAAAGUGCAAUAUAUCUUGAAGCAUGUAGCAUUGAAAUGCUGAUACAUAUGGCAAACUGUCUACUAUCUACUAUAACUACAUUUUUCUGGAUGGAUGUUGUUGCUUGUUCCUAUGAAGAAGACCUUUAAGAUGAGGGAGGACAAUUUUUAGAGCAUAUCCACAGAGUUCUGCUAUUGUGAAAGUCAGUUUGACCAUUUUCUUGAUUAUGUUUUCAUUCUAUGCUGGAUCGGAAAACCACCGGCGUUUCUAUUGGCGUGUUUAUGAGCUCCUGGCAUCUCUGAAGAUUUUAUUCAUCAUGAUUUUGCUUUGAAACAGAUUCUGGUUUGAUCAUUGUAAGCUGGAGGUGAAAUUCACCACAUGUCUUUUGGAAUGUUAAUAAAAUAAUUAUCAUAAUGCUUGAAAAUAAUUUAUCAUGCUUCAGUUGACAAUUAUGUUAAUGAUGCAUUGUUAAUGUUAAGGUGUAGAGCCUGACCUGUACAUUAGAACUGAGGGCCUAAGCGCCGAGCUAAAUGGACAGAGACUGACCUUGAAAGUCUUGGUAACAUAUAAGGGUAUCACCUGAUUUGCCUAAUGUCUUAUGUUCUACUAGUCCUGAGGACAUCAUCAACUGCCAGGCAUUCACUGCCUUCUUGGCUUGUGCUAAUUUCUAUCUUUGAGGCUGGUAGGAUGCUCUUUUCAGGAUGAGUAGAAUAAAUUUUUUGUAAUUAUGAAAUACUUGGUGUGCUUUACCAUUUACAUUUUCUAAAGCAUUUUGUGUCAUUGGAUUCUUCUAUUUCAGUGUUUUGUAAUUAACUCAUGAUAAACAAUAAGUAUCAUAAUCACUUAAAUUUUAAAUAAUUAUUUUCAUUAUAUCAUAUGUUUGUAAAUAGAAAUGUGUCCGCACUUCCUCUGGAAUAAAACAAGCUCUUCACUUUGUCAGAUCUUCACCACACUUAGGGAGUUAAGUUUCAGUUAAGAAACAAAUAUUAUUUUGUAGAAGAGUAUUUUUGCAGAUAUUUAAAAAAUUUAUUUGCAUCCUAAGAUGUCAAUUCAUUUCUGUAUUUAUGCACUAGGCGUAAUGUUAUGCAUGUGCUUCAUUUACCCCCAUGUUUGUGUUUUGUACCUACGUUAUAUCGGACCAACACUAUCUACACGUGUGAUAUCAGCUAGUUUCUCUUCUCUGUAGGCAGGAUCCUGUUAUGUUAUGUCAACUGUGGAAGCUGACAAAGUACAACCAGACUUUCAGACAAGACCCUAAAUGUCUUACAGUUACAUGUAAGAAAUGUAAUGUAUUGACUUUAUGAAGUAUCAAAUACAUAAAAAUAAAUAUGAAUCAAUUUGAUUAGUGGAAGAAGUCAUUUUUUAGAAAGGUUUUUUGUUUUGAUGAAAACAUGAAAGUUGGCAAGCUUAGAAAUUUAUCAGAUCUCAUUUGCUCACUACCUUCUGUAAUUGUGCUAUAAUGUUUCUAUGACUAAUUGUUAAUUUUUCUUCAGUGGAAUAUGCAAUAGUGUGUUUGAAUCUCAACUUAUAAACUAAAAUACCCUUACCAUUGUGGUCACAUACGUGUCGGAAUCAUGUGAGGAAAUGUGUGUUAAGUACUUCAUAAGACGUGAUAGUAAUUUUUUCAAAUUGUUUGCAAACAAAUAGUUUUCAAAGUAGUUGCAGUAGUUCUAUCUGAAUAGAAUAAUUUCAAUUAACUUUAUGAUGACACAGCAUGCAUUUUAUAAAUAAACUUUUUACUUAUGUGCCAAAA